AUGGCUUUGCGACCUUACGAAGGCGGAAGAUUUGAGGUUUCUCUUUUUUUGCAAUGGAUAGGAGCUUUUUGAUCGGUUUUGGAAUACUGGGAACCAGAAAAAAAAAUCAACUUGAAUUGAUGACCGUAUUUGGAUCUUCCACCUCUCCAAAAGCAAAAUUUUUUUCUUAAGCAUCAAUAAAAUAAAAAGGUAUUUUUCACGUUUUCUUGACUAUUUCAACCACAAUUCCUAGUUUCUCAAAACUCCAGUUCUUUCUUGGACUUAACUUUUUUGAGUUUAGAAGCGACAAAUGUGCACAGUGAAAAGUUUAUUUGACAACCACUUAUCUCGGAAAAAAAAUGAGUGACACAAAUGAAGAAAACUGAACCGAAAUUUCAAAAAUAUAAGGGCAAAUGGGAACAAAAAUUGUAGUAAGUGGGAGGAAAAUUCGUUUUAUUUCACAGAAAGGAAAGGGCUUGAGAUUGUAUCCGGUUUUAAUGAGAAGGGCCAUUUGCAGAAAAUCGGAUCAGAGGAAGCCCACACGAUUGAAACGUUCGAACGAAAAGUGCAUGGCACGCCUCACAGAGAGGUUAGUGUCUACCCGAAUACUCAUUCCCGUCGGAAUUCUUUUUUUUUUUAUUAAAAGUGGUGACAAGAAAGAAAAAAAGUGAAUUUCAGCCAGAACGACAGUUUUCUUCAAAGCAGUACACAGAACGACGCACAUAUGGCAGAGAUGAAAAUGGAGAAAUUGUCGUCAAAAUUGAACGGGAUGUGAGUGAAGCUUAUUUCUUCUAUUGAAAAAAGUGAAGAAACCCAAAAUAACUUUUUUCUCCGAUCGAACAGGAAAUGUUUCACUUUAAAAAUGCCUUUAUUUGAUUCAAAACAAUGAAAAGAAUAUACAUUUUUCCACAUUCAGUUGGAACUAAGCUGAGACCCUCAAAACUUGUUUUCUUGCGCCGCAGUCAAAUCCUGGCGCCUGAAAACUUGUACAACACCGUAGUUUUAGCGUGAUUGUUCUUUUGGCAUCUUGAGAUUUUACCAGAUUAUGAAACAAAAAGCGUGAGAAAUGCGUGUUGAGAGUGUUCUAAAGUAAGUUGCAGCUGAAUCGGUUUUAUCAAAUCCGGAAAACUUCUUAUUCGCACAUAUUUUGUGCACUGUUACGUGUUGCUAAAACAUGCGAAAUUCGAAAGGUUUUGUUGGAUAUUUGGCCGGUUUCCAUGUGGAUUGAUUCAGAGCAAGUUGUUCAAAGUCCUCGAUACUUUAACAGUUCAGAGUUCCGAAAACCAGAGCCUCGUUUUUUUAUGUUUACAGUUGACUUACGACUUCGGCAAACAUUGUUUUCUAGUGUUUCUUGAGGAAAAGCAUGAAUUUGCUAGAGCGAGGGUAGCUCUGUCGGAAUUCAAAUCGAAGAAUUUGCUUUGAUUAUGUUUUAUUUGGUGGUGGGAAUCGGUUUGAAACAACAGUUAAAACGUUCGGACGUUUUUCUUUUUCUCAGAAAGCUGAAAAGUGUUGAUCGCUUACACAAAUACGCUUAUAGAGAGCAUACGUCUGUCAAAAAGCUCUCUUCAAUAUUUUUUUCAAGAAAUAUUGACGAAACCCCCACAUCGAGCAUUGAGACGUAUUCGGCUGAUAUUUUUUUGCGAAUUUCGUCAAUAAGAUUAUUUUGUUGGCACGCAUGUGAAUAAAAAAAUGAUAGAAAAAAAUGAAGAAAAGAACUGUUUAUGUUUUUUUUUUCAGAAAAAAAACCACUUUUUCCAAAGUUCCCAAAUAAUCAUUGAAUGAAUUUGAUUCAGAUCGUAAACUAUUUGAGUAAAAAAAAGUAGUAGGACAGUCGUUCACACUCAAAGAAAGGGAUAAAAAUCAAAAAACUGAAGUCGCAAUCAAAUAGGGCACUCUCAGAAAUUAUUUAUGUGUUUCUUUCUUCUUUUAACUAUCCUCAUCAAAAUGUUUGACUUUGGAAGCUGUCAUAUCGUGUAGGAAUAUGCAUAUAAAAAAACUUUGAAGUUGAUCUUUUUCUCUUAUCAAAAAAAUAACUCGUUUUAAUUAUUUUUUUAAACUCCAAUAUCGUAUCAAUCAUUCUAGAUCUUCUCCGAGGACUAGAGGGAUUUUCAACUUUUCUCAAUGCUACAGCUUAGAGUUCACCAAACCGAUCGUUCGACCAAACGUUCAACCAAUAUUUUCAUGACAUGUUACCAAAAAUAUGAUUGAUUAACAUUUCUUGCUACCGAACGAUUAACAUGUCUCAUGAUUAUGAUCUCUCGUUUUUUUCGAAAUGUCAACAUUUCAUUUUAAAUGAGAGAUCAUUUUUGAAUCGAUCGUUCAGUUUUCGAUUGAUCGAAAUUUUUGUAUUGAAUAUAUUGGUCGGAAAAAAAUGAUUGAUCGAAAUGUUGUAUUGAAUAUAUUGGUCGAAAAAAAUGAUUGAUCGAAAUGUUGUUUUUGAAAAUAUUGGUCGAAAAAAAUGAUAGAUCAAAAAUUUUUGUAUUGAAAAAUUUUGUCAAAAAAAUGAUUGAUCGAAAUUUUUUUAUUGGAAAUUUGGUCGAAAAAAAUGAUUGAUCGGAAUGCAUUUUUGGUUAAAAAAAGUAUGUUUAAAACUACUGUUUAAAAACCGCUUCUCUCAAAUGUUCAUCAUAAUUUCUUUUUUUGAUUUUUUUCGUAACGAAAUAUCAUCAUCGUUUUUUUCUGUUUCUCUGUGUUCACUGGUACUAAAAGCAAAAAUUUUUACAAUGCCAUAUAGACUAUAACAAAUAAAAUCAAGAAAAAUGCAAAACUUUAAUUUGUCGGAAAAAAAAAUGAAAUAUUUUCACCUGUUUACUAGUACUCCGAAAACCUGCCCCGUGUGAGCGAUCUGUUUUGAAAAUCGAUCGCUCGGAAUUUCGAUCGAUCGAAAUUUUAUGCUCAAAAUAUUGGUCAAAAAAUGAUUGAUCGAAAUGUUGUUUUGAAAAUAUUGGUCGAAAAAAUGAUUGAUCGAAAUGUUGUAUUGAAAACAUUGGUCGAAAAAUGAAAGAUCGAAAUGUUGUAUUGAAUAAAUUGGUCAAAAAUAUCGAUAUAUCAAAACGUUAAAAUCCAAUGACUGAUCAAUAAUGUAAGAGAUCAAAAACUGAUCUAAUAAACGAUCUCUCAAAAAAUGACAUGUUAAAAUUUGGUUGAACAGUGACAUGUCAAUAGUUUGAUCAAUUGAAAUGGUUGAAUGAUCGGUUUGGUGAACUCUACUACAGCUGACUAAAGAAAUUUUCGAUGAACUUUUUUUUUGAAAGCAUUAAAAAAAUUGAGUCAGUCUGAAUGGAAGGUAUCGAAUUCUAUUGGUUUCAGCCAUCGGAUCCAGUGAGGCCGGCGACGCCGGUUCGGCCGGUAAGUCCAGUCGGCGACCACAUGAGCCGUGCUCUUCUCCAACCUAUUCAACCUCUUCACAUUCCCCGAGUCGACGUUUCCAAUUCUCGUCACGCCUCGCCAAGAAACCGUCACUACGGUACUAAAUUUGAUGAAUUUUUUUUGAUUUGAUCAAAUUACGUCAAGAAGUUUCUUAUUCACACAUUCAUUCCGUCAUUUGUUAAUAAGUGCCUAACUCAAUGUUUUUUUUUUGUUUUCAGUUAGAUCCAUUUGUUUUUCCCAAAAUGAUUUAUUGCAACCUUUUGAAAUAAAAAAACUUGCCAUAGUGUAUCCCUCAAAUUUAUCUAGUAAAAAAAUUUUAACACCAUUCAUAAUUUUUUUCUUGUUAAAUAAAAAAAUCUCUUUUAGUGCACUAAAGCGGGCCGUAUAUAUCUUAGGUUGUGAGAUAAGAAGAAGACCGUUUCAAAGUUCGAUUUCAGAUGAGGUUUCGCCCCGAUCAGCGUCAAUCCACAUGCUGUCGCCAAGAUCCGCGGCCUCAGGCUCACCGAGGUCAGGUCCGCUCUCCCCAAAGAGCACCUCCAGCACAGCAAGCGCUUCUUUGCCCUUAAAAAAGGUUCGAUUUAUUUACAUAUUUUUGUUCCCUUCUUUCAGUAAUUAGGAUAAGUUCAAAUUGCCAAAUUUUAGGUGACUAAAAAGUCGCGAUGGGUUUCUAUACAUGACGGGCGACCAGUUUCGCCAUAUAAGGAAACUGUAACUUAUGAAGUUGCUUAUCCGGAUCGACAUUCAAGGUUUUUUCUUCGCUUUUUUUUUCUUUCUAAGCAUUUUUUCAUUACGAAGACUGAAACAUAUAACAUAUAAAACUAUUAGAGUUUAUUUUCCGAGCGUAUUGUUAUUCGCCUUUAUUAGGCAUUUGUUUUCUCAAAAAGUGGAUAAGCUGUACGUUACUUCACUUUGCUUGACAAACCUCCACAGUCAGAAAAAAGAAAUAAAAACAGCCCUUUCCCAACUAGCAAUAUGACGUUCGCUGGUUUGCUGUUCUGUUUUGAUAAUGACUAACCAUUGCACUUAAAAUUUUGACUCAGACAAAAAAACUUGUGCAAAAAGGACUUUAAACGUUCUUUUGAUAGAGGCUAAACUACGUUAGUGAGAUAUAAAUGUAACUUUUUUGACUGAGAGGAUAGAGAACUUUCACAGAAUUAGUUGAGCUACGACUCUAGAUUCAGUAUCACAAAUAGUUAUUCACAUGAGGAACUUUUAUUUGUUCCGUAAAAAGUUGCUGAGUAGUUUGAAACGCCGAGUUGACUUAGUGAAAUUUUUUUGGGUAUUUAGAUUAUUACCUCCGAAAUGUAGUAUUCAGGUCUUGAAUGACCUCACAAGGAAGGUCGUUGAGGUGGGAACUUUAAAGUUUUUAUUAACCGCUUUAAGAGUAUUCUAGAAGUUCAUUAAAUAACCCUUGAAAGUCGUUGCCUGCAAAAAACUAAAAUUUUGCCCAAGUGUUCACUAUGAGACGGCUCAAUGAAGACCUUCGUAAAGAUUUUAGGCAAAUUAAACAAACUUACGAAUUUCACUUAAAACUGACCUUCCUUCUCAAUGUGCAUUUCGAAACAUUGCGUCAAGGUUUACCAAAAUCAAAAAACUUUCUCUUUUUUUUUUUGAAAAAUCACAAAGGUGCCGAAUUCUAAAAAGAAAGGGCUUCAUAAACCCCGGAGGACUCGCUAAUACGCACCUGGUCUUCUUCUCUUUGCUCGCGUUGUGAAGUAAGACACGUAUAAUUAAUUCGGGAUUUCAGCUCGUCGGUCCGCUCUGCAUCGAUUUCUCCUCGAACAUCCCGCCACCCCAGCGAGUGCGCAUACAUUAUGGAAAAUCCGCUGUACCAAGACUAA